UCGCGGCAACGCCAGAAAGUCACGCGAGCUUGCGAUGCUUGCAAAGCGAGAAAGAAGCGCUGCACCGGUGACCAUCCAUGCGCGCCUUGCAUCAAGGCGAGAGGCAAAUGCAGUUAUGACGCUCAGUAUAACAGAGGCAUUGCGAUCCCUCCUUCCCCAGCGCCACAAGCAUACAGCCAUAUAACACCUGGCCCUCGACGUUCAGGCACUAGUGUCACAUCACCUACUUACACGACCUCAUCUCAGCUUGCAGACGGGGACUUGAUCGCUGGCCGGCAAUCUGUCCAACAUGGUCUAGCAUCUGAUCUUGAGACAGAUCGCGAUACGAGCCCUAACCCGCUAGAUGACAUCGACCCAAGAGCAGUCCCGGUUCGUCCGGAAUUGGCGACUCGAAGAUCGAUAUCAGAGCAGCAACAAACCAUCGAUGGACAGUAUCUUGGACCUUCUAGUGCACAAUCCUUCUUGGGUCAAGCACUGCAACGCUCCGAUCGUGGCUCAGUGCAGAAUCUUACCAGAAGGCCUGAGUCGCAUUUCGAGACCGAGACUUCAACUCUCUCGUUCGGCGAUGCCAAAGUGUGCCAGCCUGGUAUCUCACAAUCCGUCUGGCCUGAAUACAAAACUGCUACUCGGCUUCUUGAAAGAUAUUUCGAGUUUUCCUCACCAACAUAUCGUUACAUGCAUGAGCCUACCGUGAAUGGAUGGUUGAGAGAAAUUUACGACGAGGCUGAUGUUCCAGUUGCUACUACAGCAUGCAUCUUAUUGAUCUUUGCCUCGGCGGCCGUGUUCACUGUCGACUCUCUUGGCGAUACCAUUGAUGCGAGUCAUCAAGGUUGGCAUUCGAGUGAGAUGUACUAUCAAAAAGCCGAAAGUCUGCUUUCACAAGAAGCCGGUCCACCACGACUUGAGUCUGUCCAAGCCAGAUUUGCUGCGGUUCAGUAUUUGCUUUCAUCAUCAAGACCGAACAGGGCGUUGUUCACCUUCGGCACUAUGAUACAACUGAUGCAAGCGGUGGGUAUACAUCGAAGGCGUGCUGAGAGAGCUAAUGAUCCAACGUGCAACCCGAUCAUCGUACAGAUGCAAAGACGUUUGUUUUGGUGUGCCUUCACCUUGGACAAGUACUUGAGCAUUGUCAUGGGACGGCUGUCGUUGCUGCACAUCGAUGACACUAACCAAGAACUCCCUAUGGUUGUGAAUGAUGAAGACCUUACUGCGGAAGGCGUUCGACAGCAAGACAAGACACACGCACGAGACUGUCUUCUUCACGCCACCCUUGCACAUAUUGAGGUUGGAAUCAUCCUGGCCAGAGCUUCACAAGAACAAAAUCGUUUGCCAAGCACCACAGAUCGCUUACACGUCGAAGCAGCUGCCCGGCGAAGUAAUGAGAUUCGCGACUGGCAGUCAAAGCUUACGCCGAUAUUGUCUGGCGCCAUUCACCCCAGCAGCUUGAUUCCAUCUUUUCGGCGUCAGCACUCUAUCCUCGCUUUGGCACGUCUUCAUGCCAUAAUGUUCGUCACCCGGCCUCUAUUGCUCCGGGACCCUUCUACCGAGCUGUCAGAAACAGAAGCCAAGCGGUAUCGUGAUCAGCUGCGGUCUUGUAUCCAGGCAGCACGAGAGGCCAUAGAGACCAUCAGUGGUACAACCCGCUAUCGAGUCUUGUUUCCUGCCUUCUGGUUCUCGCAGUACAUCGCCUUUUCCGCCAUAUCAAUCAUCCACAUAUACAUCAUCCAAUUGAGCCGUCAACGCAUUCCCACCGAUUUGUUUGGCACAACCUCGCACAUGGAUUGUCAUAGUCUAUACGAGCUAGCCUCUACCGGACAGAAACGCCUGGCUGAAACAGGGAUCAAGAGUGCGCCUGUGUGGCGAUAUGGUCCAAUCUUGGAGGGGUUAUCUGCAGAAACAGGCAAAUACGUUGCUUCACAGACCAAUGAGGCGGUUCACGUAAGAAGUUCCUCGGUCGCACGAACGAUGCGAAUGACGGAUAAUAACAAUGCUCAACGGUCCACAAACAACACAUCUCAUGUCAACCAGGAUAUCGUGGGCACACCUCACUACUCCAGUGUUCAACCUUUCGAGUCGGAUGCAAUGUGGGUGACCGGGAACGAAAGCCUCUGGAGUGAUCUGAUGGCGGAGAACCUGGACAACAACAACUUAACCAUGGAUUUCUGGCCGCAGUUCGACAACUUGCCAGUCGGCAUGCUGUGA